GUGAGGACAGAGUGGUGGCACCUGCCAGGGGGACAGUGGGGACAAUCACACGUGUCCCCAAGGCUGGCAGUAUCCUGAGGACGCACGUCCCCAAGCCUAUCUGUGCCCCCAGUGACACACAUGUCCUGUUCUCCCCAGGGCCAGAGCACGGAGGAAGCCCUACAGCAGGUGGACACCUUGGUGGCCCAGUAGCGUCAUGGCUGCCUCUGGGGGGCACUUCCCUGGCUGCCUGUCCUGCGCCUCUUCCACCCCAGCACCCUCCGGCCACUCCUCAGUGCCUCAGGUAGGACAUGGGACAUCAGACAGAUCCCCAGGGCCACCCAUGGGUGUCACUGCACCUGGCACAGAGACCUGGCAGUGCCCAGGCAGUGGCCACCAACCCAAGUCCACAGGUCCCAGAGGUGUCACCACUGCCAGACCAAAUGCCACCCCACAGUGGCCACCAACCUGUCCUUGAGGUUCCCCAAGCCACCCAAAGUGUCACCAUGUCCAGCCUCUGGUUGUCCCCCAACCCUCGUCCUUUGGUGGCCAUGAGGGGAUGGGGGAUGAUGGUGGCCAUGGAGACAUGGAAGUGCACAAGAGGGUGGCUGUGGCCAUGGGGAGAUGAUGGUGACCAUAGGGUGGUGGCCAUGGGGGGAUGGUGGUCUAGGGGAUGGUGGUGCCAUGGAAGGGUUGGCCAUAGAGGCCAAGAGGAUGCUGGUGGCCAUGGUGGGCUGGGGCAUAGACUGGUGGCCACAGGGGAACAGUGGUGGCCAUGGUCAGCAUUGACCAUAGAGCUGAUGGCCAGUGAGAUGGUGGUGCCUGUAGGGUGGUGGCCAUUGGGGAAGAGUGGUGGCCACGGAUGGGAUUUGGCCGUAGACCGGUGGCCCCAGGUGGCCCCUGGCUCAUCUCACCCCCGCAGGACGAGAACGGCCACACCCUGUCGGACGAGGACAUCACGGCUGAGGCUGACACCUUCAUGUUUGAGGGUCAUGACACCACGGCCAGUGGCCUGGCAUGGCUCUUCUACAACCUGGCUGGCCACCCUGACCACCAGGAGCGAUGCCGCCAGGAGGUCCAGGAGCUCCUGGCUGGCCGGGACACUGCAGACAUUGAAUGGGAGGACCUGUCCCAGCUGCCCUUCACCACCAUGUGCAUCAAGGAGAGCUUGCAGCUGCACCCUCCUGUCACUGCUGUGUCCCAGUGCUGCACUGAGGACAUCCCCCUGCGUGAUGGCCAUGCCAUCCCACCAGGGGUCAUCUGCCCGAUGAGCAUCUACGGGACCCACCACAACCCAGACCUCUGGCCUGAGCCUGAGGUGUUCAACCCUCUGAGGUUCAGCCUGGAGAACAGCAAGGGACAGUGCCUGUUGUCCAUCAUCCCCUUCUCUGCUGGCCCCAGGAACUGCAUCGGGCAGAGCUUUGCCAUGGCUGAGAUGAAGGUGGCAGUGGCACUGACACUGUCCCGGUUUGCGCUGCGGAGGGACACGGCGAGGCCACCCCCGCGCCGCAAGCCCGAGCUGAUCCUGCGUGCUGAGGAUGGGCUCUGGCUGCUGCUGGAGCCACUGGGAGUAGCUGAUGGACACGGGUCACCAGGACAUGGGGACAUCCUGCCACGGAGCUGUCACAGCCAGGGGAAGAGCAGGGAAUAAACGGGAGCAUGAAGGGGACAGUA